UAUUUAUUUUGCUGUAUAUGUAAACGUAAUUGCGAAUAAACGUGAAAUUCAUUGUGAAAUAUUCCUUGAGCAUCGGUCGUUUAGGACACGAAUAUAGUUUUGAGAAAAUGUUAGACAAUAUGCCUGAUAUAAGUAUUACAAUAAUUAUCGCAAUCUUUUGCGUGAGAAACACAAGUAUAUUUAAUAAUAAAUAAUAACAUAAUAGUGGCAGAAUUAUUAUGAUCUUUCUAAUUACGGUGUUCGUGACAAGUGUUUCAAAAUAAUUUUUCAUUGCGGUAGUUUCGCAACUAUAAAAGACAAUAACAUCUGAUAAAAUCGCGCAUCUACUAGUCGUUACGUUACCAGAUGGUAUUUUUUUUCUAACGAAUGACAAAAGCAACGUGUAAUAUUAUUCGUUUUCAAGUUGAAACAGACUACUUGACACGUCUGUCAGGAUGUGUCUUUGGUUGUUAAUAGUUUGUGCUUUACAGUGGUACAUGGUGGAGGCAGACUACGAUGUAAUAUUGGAAGAUGUUGACUGUUCCCAAGUAAACGAAGAAUAUAUAAAAACAUGUGAUUUCGAAUUGAACUACGAUAGCACAUACGGAGCCAGUCUGAAUUCGUAUAUGGAAAUCAUUAAAUCAUUUCCUGAGGAUGUCAAGCUAAUAGCCGACGUGUUCACGGUUCGAAUGGGUGAAUAUUCGGUUGAUCUUGGACUCCAUAUAGAAACAAAUUUUUGUGAAAUUAUUUCUGAUUCGAAUUCUAUAGCACUUCCUAUGAUAAAAGCAAUCAACUUCGAUAGUCUGGAUAAUUGUCCUCCAGCUCCGGGAGUUUACCAAGGAGAAGACUACGUAAUCGACAGCAUGGAUGGUUUACCACCAUCAUUUCCCAAUGGUCAUUAUUUAGUUAAUAUGUCGUUACUAAACAAAGAUACUACGUUAGUGCAUUUCGACAUUUAUGUGAGAAUAUACUGAUCAGUUUUUCAACAUCUAUAUUAAUGCAGAAUUUCAAAUAAAGAUUAAUCAGCAAGCAUGUAAUAUAUUUUGGUGUUUUAAAUAUUCUUGUUGAAGUAUUUACAUCCAAGUAUUUACCUAGAGUGCUAUCUAAAUUAUACAUAUAGAACAAAACGUAAGCCUCAUAAAAUUACUUUAACAUAAUGGAAUUUGUCUUCGAGAAGAUGGAAACAUUUAUUUAAUUUUUAAGAGUUAUUCAUCCAACUUUGUAAAACUAUUUCACUUCUGUUUUAUUUGUGCUUAUUUUUCUUUAUACUAAAUCAGUAUCUCACAAUUUUCCUUGAGUUGUGAUUCUCUUUCAUAAUAAUUAAAUAAGUCACAACUUCUCUUCCGUAAUAUUUGCAUCAAACGGAAUUUCUAAUGUGCCGAUGAAAACGAUGUUGGAAACGAUUGAUGUUGCAGCUUAUAAUUCCAACCUCAUGUUUAAUGUAAUAUUUAGACUCUAGAGAUGAAUGGCAAAGCUGUUAUAAUAGUUGAAAUAUAAAAAUAUAAAAAAGUUUGCGAAAAACAGAGAAACAUGAUGUGCAACAGAGAUACAUAAAACAUUUGAAGUACAGAAUUUUCUAUAAUAUCUAAGAAAUGAAGCAGAUUUCAACAUCUUAUUUCCAUGUUUAUAGUUGUACCUAUAAAAAUUUGAACUUGCAUAAAAGUCCACUACAACCACAACAGUCAUAACAUAAAUUACAAUCAACACAUAGUCACUUAUUCACUUAUUUAUAUACUACUUUAUUAGAGGAUACCAAAAAUCCAAAAACCAGGACAAAGAGUCAUAAUCAGCGUUUUACUAAUUCAAUACACGUUUUCUGAAUAAGUUUCAAUCACAACAUAACACAAGUUAUAAUCGACAUGUAGUUGUUCGUACAGGCCGAUGACAAUUUUCCAAAAAUCGACAUAACAAAGGAUUACUAUCACCAAAAACGUUACUUUGAUAUCAUGUGGCGAGCGCGUGAAGCGCUCUGCUGUAAGAUAUGACGGACGCGUCAUACGUGAACAUGUUAACCCUUUCGCUGCCUACGUAUACCACGUAUAUAUGUAUGUAUGUCGAAGAGUUCCCUCUCAGUUGCGUACGCCGUAUAUGUACGACGUGCCGCGUUCGUACGGUUGUUUCGAAAGUAAAUCUACCUGCUGCGUAGCGAUGCAGUGCCGAAACGAAGACAGGUCGUUAAUACUGUUGCACCUUGCGACCCGAAUAGCGAACAGUUUUUGGUUGGAACAUGUCAUAGUGAACGGAUGAAAUAUGAGUCAACGCGAGACAAUGCUCUGCUAGUAUCCCGGGACGUGUUAUACAGAGUGAUAUAUAUGUACGAGGAGCUACCCUUGAAGAACAUGUAGAAACAAGGAAUCUGUAAAGAUGGAACUAUCGUUCGAGAGCUCUGCCAUUUCAACGGCUGCUGCGGACAUAGUAAAUACUGUGAUCUACGCGGAAGCUACUUCCAAAAGUAGUCACAUGAUCUAACAUGUGUCUGAGGACACGAAUUUGGAUGAAGGAUGCUUAUUUGACUUUCCAUGAAUGAUCCAUGUUGACGUUAAUUACUUCAGCUUUAUUCGAGAUUCCUGAUGUUUUCUCAUGGUUGGAAAAUAUUCAGAUUGGAUAAAAUGUACUGCUGUCUGUACGAACAACGAUUUAUAUGAAACAAUUUUCUACGAACGAUCCAUAUACAAGGCAUGUGGAUCCUUGACAAUUUUGAUUGGACAAAUUGUGCGUUUGUGGUAAACAAUUUUCUACGAAUCAUCCACGUAGAUAGUAAUUAAUCGAGAUGUAGAGACUUGAGAAGACAAUUUGGAUUGGAAUGUGUCGGUGUUUGUAUUAAACAAUUUUCUAUGAACAAUCUACAUACAUGCUAAUGAAUGUAGACAUAGAGGGUCAAGAUUUGUUCCAGAUCCUUGACACUUUCGUUUCAUGUAGGAAACAAUUUAGAUUGGAUAGAACGUAUAGAAGGUAUUGGUGUUUAUACUAAUAAUGGUCGUCCCACGUUCAUCUCGUAUCUAUAGUCAUUCUAUUGUGAAGGAUCGCAGGAACUCGUACGAAGCAAAGCUCCGGACACACUGUGUGGAUCCAUUGCAUAAUUCAUAUGGAAGCUCUUGCAUCAAUGUAUCUGGGUUCUUCGGCGAUCUGAUCCUGGAACGAGUAGUGAAUUUUUAAAAUACGAAAUUCAUAGAAACUCGGUUAUCGAGGUUUUUAGACUACGAGGUUUUUAGACUACGUGAGGAUGUACCGCUCGAAGACGCAACUUUGUCGCACAAUGUGACGCUACAAUUCGUAUUGCUAUAAUAAUUCAAGAGGAAUUACAAAUUACGCCGAGAACUUUAGAGUUAUUUUAACAAGGGAGAACAGUAAUAUACUGGACACUAAAUUUUUGAACGCAAUUAGAUUACUUGUACGGUCGUUCUGAUCUCUCGUUGCGGAGAAACUUUUGGAAGUGCUCGAGAAGGAUUCAACGUUUAAAAGAGUUACAACUAUGGAGAAGAAGAACAGAGAAUGUUACAAAGAACGUUCCGCCACUUUGUAACUCGUAACGAAGUUCAUUUUUCUUUCCCUCGUGUUGUAAAACUGCUUUGCGAAGUAUUUUUUGGAAGAAAGUAUAGAGAAGAUUAAAAGAUUAAUUAUUCUAAUAACAAAGAAGUUCAUAUUUAAAAUUUACAGUUCUAAUUAAUCUCGGCGAACACUAUGAAGAAGUUAUGACUUUGGACGAUUAUGAAGAGAAUUUAUCUUAAUAAAACAUAUAAAUAAAAUCUCCUCUUUAUUCAUAUUUUAUUACACUCCACAGAAUUCACACGGAAUCAUAAUGUGUUUUUUAAAAAAUACAGAUAUAAUCGCGGUGUUUUUUUACGCGUGAUAUUUUAGUAAUGUGAUUUAAGAUUACGUGUACGAAAAUAACGAGAGCAAAAAAUAGAAAAGCAA